AAUACCCAACUCAAAUUGUCCCCUAAACCCCACAUCAUAUCCCUUUACAGCAGUAAACCAAAAACCGACGACUCCAGCGACGGUGGCAAGGUCUCGGACACCGAGGUGCGCAAACGUCGCGAACGCAUCGAACGCUACCAAUCCGAACGGGGCAAGAACACUUCCACCGGCGAUGCUGGCACUGGAGAUUCUCCUGCGGCCACCAACUUGUCCCGCUUCAACGAGGAACGGCGCAAGUUUGAACUGGAGAAGCUCAAGUUCUUGCAGGAAAAGCGAGAGUUGGAUCGGAUGAGGUUGAGACGGUUCGAGAAUAGGGAAGAGCUGCUCGAGGAGCAGCGGAAGAAGCUCCAGGUUGAGCUGAGGAAUCGCGAGCGGGAUGAUCGUUCCAAGAGUAUCGAAGCUCCCGUGCUUCCACCGAUUCCUCCCACGAGGUCAAAGACGCCGGUAUCACCCGGGCCGACCAAGAAGUUGCUGCUGGUAGUGCCGAAGACUUCCAGCGCAUCGGCUUCGAGCAGCGAGGACGAGGCUGAUCACAACACGAGCGAUGAGGAGAAGAUGGCAACGAUUCGGAGGAGGUUUUCACCGAGGAAGCCGAAGCGACCAAAGUCGGGCAAGGUUGAACCGGUGAGGCAGCUACCGAGAACGCCGGAGCUGGCUACGUCUCCCGAGCCGGAGUCGGAGCUUCCGUCGGACUUUCCACCGGAGGCGGAGGAGCCGACCGCGCCGGAAGUGGUUGUGGUGGAAGCAGUCGUGGAGCAGGAGGUUAUUCCAGAGAAGGUCGAACCAGAGAUGGUGCUGACGCAGAGGAAGGUCGUGAAGGAUGAUAAGGAAGAUAAGAAGGUUGGCGUGGUGGAGGAGAAGAAAGUGGGAGAUGUAACAGAGAGCAAAGAUGAGAAGAAAGAGGAAAAGAAGGAAUUGUCCGUAGCGGAUGAGAAGACGGUCGAAGGACCGAAGGAGAAGAAACGAAGACGAGCGCUGCUGGUCUACGUGGAGAAGGACGGGGAUCAGUUCAGCUGGUCGGAGAUUCUGGGCGAAAUGAAAGACUUUUGGUUGGACUUUAUUGACGACAAUCCGUUGGAGAUCCGCCGAAUGCGUCUCCAGGUGAACGAGUGUUGCUUCUACUUUGGAGUGAUGGUUUUGCUUUGCGGCGUCGGAGGGAUCAUCUUCCGGGUCACGGAAGGAACCUUUGAGUCGCAGUACAAGUGUGGCGUGAAGCGCGUCAAGCGUGAUUUCAUCGACCAUCUUUGGUUGUCCAGUCAUAAUCAGAAGGAAGAAGACUGGAAGGCAACGGCUAGGGCUAGGCUGCGCAAGUUUGAGGAGGAACUGCAGGUCGCUUUCGAGGCAGGAAUGAAGACCUACAGCGGUAACACGGCGUGGAACUUUGUCAACGGUGUGAUCUACUCACUGACUGUGGUGUCAACAAUGGGUUAUGGUCACAUAACGCCGUCCACGACUACGGGCAGGGCGUUAACGAUUGUGUACGCCAUUAUAGGGAUACCGAUCUUCUUGAUAGUGUUGGCGGAUUUUGGCAAGCUGUUCACCAGAGGGAUCAAGUUCCUGUGGGCGUACGUUAGGCGGUUGUAUUAUACCGGGUCAUUCCGAAAGGUGCGCAAGACGUCGCAAGUUCAGGAUGUAAUGAAAGGCUUGAACGUCGUCUACGACAUGGUGCGCCGACCCAGCGGAGAUCACGAGCUCCAACCUGUGACCACCGCCAACACCUCAACCACCCCAAACCACCAACCCUCUACGGACCAACCCCAACCGUCAACAUCCGGCGACAUCGGCCCCUAUCCACCGCCCCCGCUAACCUGCGACUCACCGACCACGCCCCAGCCGGAGACGUUCGAGAUCGACGACGAGUUCAACCUGCCCAUCUCGAUCGCGAUCUUCAUCCUGGUCGCGUACAUGCUGUUCGGGGCUACGAUCUACUACACCUGGGAGAACUGGUCCUUCUUCGAGGCGUUCUACUUUGUGUUCAUCUCCAUCUCGACGAUCGGCUUCGGUGACUUUGUGCCGCAGCAUCCGAUCUACAUGAUGUGCAGCAUUCUGUACUUGAUCUUCGGGUUGGCCCUCACCUCGAUGUGCAUCAACGUGGUCCAGCUGAAGCUGAGCGAUAGCUUCCGGCAGGCCAGCGCCAAGAUCGGGGCCACCAUCGGGCUGCAGAUGACCGAGGCGGCUUCGUUGCAGCAGUCCCAGGUUCACACGCCGGGCACGGACGACCUGGCGGUGGUCCAAACGAGCACUCCGACGGCAAACGGGACGCAUCCGGCCAACGGAGAUGCCACCAUGACUCCGGUUCUGCCGGAGCGUGCCAGCAAACGGGACGAUAAGAAGAAUUGAGAUUGAUUCGUAACGAAUUCAGGAUGCGUGGGAGUGUAACAUUGCGACUGACUGCGACUAGAGUGCAGGAGCUAAUUGUUGAUAGUGGUUAAGAUUUAUCGAUUUUUUAGGGUCAGUCAGAGCGCGCGAAACAAUGCUUAGCACAAUCGCCAUAUUUUACAAAGGUUGACCUUAAACGAUAAGCACGCGCGUUUGCGGCUUGGCCUUCUUUUUAACACACGUACUUGUGCGAUAGUUUUAAGACAGAAAAAGCACCAAAAAUUCACGUAACAUUUGUACGAUUAUUAUCGCCUUCACCCUCUAACGUAGCGUAUAAUAGCUGUAAUCUCAAAGGUUAAGUUUUGUACGAGAAAAACGAUUUGUUAUUUGACGCAUGAUGAAGAGGCAUUGCUGAGAGUCGAACCAAAUAGCUUUUAUAAGAGGAAAGUAUCCUUACGUGUUGUUUUAUUAUAUUUAUUGAUGAUCGCUGAUGAAAUAAAGAAUGAAAUUAUCUUAAA